AUGAACAAACGAAGAAACACUAGCAAAAGAUAUAGAUUUAUUGAGAUUAUCCGGCAAAUCCUAGAUGUAUUAUUUAUAAAAAUGUAGUGUGAUGAGUUUAUGGACAUAAUAAAAUGGGAUGAAGAAGGAAUUAAAAUUAAAAUUAUUGAUAAGUCCUUAUUAUAGGACAGUGUAUUGCCAAGAUAUUUUAAACAUGGCAACUAUUCCAGUUUCUUAAGGUAAUUUCCUUUCGAUUAUUUAGACAAUUAAACAUGUAUGGUUUUACUAGUUGUAAGGAUUAGAAUGGAAUCUUGACUUACAAACAUCCCUAUUUUACUUAAAGCCAGAUUAUUCAGAAGUUUAUUGAGAAAAAAAAGUAAACUCGCUUAGAGAGACUGUAAGUAGGGGCAUUUAUGAUGGAGCAAGAGGAACUAAAAAACACGAUGACCUCUUUGAAAUAAGAACAAAUUAACAUUCAAUAAUAAUUGGUUACGUCCAUCAAGUAAUAGUUGGGAUUUCAACAUCAUUUCAAACUGAUUAUUGAAGUAAAAUACUAUUAAAUAAUUGAUAGAGACUAUUGGAGAUAAAUACUAUAUAAGAGAGGAGAGGAGUGUUUUUUAUUGAGAGCAUACGCAUGAUAGUGAAGGCGAUGAAACCAGAAGCUUGUAAAUUGAAUUUCAAUAUCGAUUGAUAGAGGCCUCAUUUUAGUACCUAAUAAAGUGUGUCUAUCCAAAAGAGGAAGAUCGUUGGAUGAGUGAGACUGUGUCUGUAAAGGAUGAGGAGAUCAAUGUGCUCUGUCCAACUUCUCCAGGACCUUUUGGAAAAGCCGUUGUUAAAGAUAUUGGAAAUUAUUUAAAUCAUAAGUAGGAUCAGAUUAGUCUUGAGAGUCUGGAACCGGUUUGGUUUUGUGGUUAGCAAGAAUCAGAUUUUAGCUUUUUUGGGUUUGAAUUGUGA